GUCCAGACCACCCCCAGCCUGUUAGUCCUGGGGUCCUGAUGCCAUAGUCCAGACCCCCCCCAGCCUGUUAGUCCUGGGGUCCUGAUGCCAUCGUCCAGACCCACCCAGCCUGCAGAAAGCAUGGAUUAUGACGACCAUCACUACGAAGGUUCUCUGUUCCCGACCUCCACCCUCAUCCCCGUCACCAUCAUCUGCAUCCUUCUCUUCUUGGUCGGCGUGCUGGGGAACACCAUGACCAUCCUCAUCAUCCAGCGUUUCAAAGACAUGAAGACAACGACCAACCUCUACCUGUCUUCCAUGGCGGUGUCCGACCUCCUCAUUUUCCUCUGCUUGCCCUUUGACAUCUACCGCCUGUGGAAGUACGUGCCCUGGGUGUUUGGCGAGGCCGUGUGCCGCCUCUUCCACUAUGUGAACGAAGGCUGCACGUAUGCCACCAUUCUCCACAUCACGGCCCUCAGCAUGGAGCGCUACCUGGCCAUCUGCUUCCCUCUGCGGGCCAGGGUGCUGGUGACCAAACGCAGGGUCCACUACAUCAUCGUGGCCCUGUGGGGUUUCGCCCUGCUCUCUGCUGCCCCCAUGCUGUUCCUGGUGGGGGUGGAGUAUGAUAACAACACCCACCCGGACUACAACACCAGACAGUGUAAACACACCAGCUAUGCCAUCAGCUCCGGGCAGCUCCACACCAUGAUCUGGGUGUCCACCAUAUAUUUCUUCUGUCCCAUGGUUUGCCUGGUGUUCCUGUAUGGCUCAAUUGGACGGAAGCUGUGGAAGAGCAAAAAUGACCUACAGGGAGCGAGCACCCUGGUCAGAGAGAGGUCGCAUCGGCAGACUGUCAGGAUAUUGGUGGUGGUAGUCCUGGCAUUUGUCAUCUGCUGGUUGCCCUUCCAUAUUGGCCGCAACCUGUUUGCCCAGGUGGAUGACUACGACGAGGCUAAACUGAGCCAGGAUUUUAACGUAGCUUCCAUGGUCCUGUGUUACCUCAGUGCCUCCAUCAACCCCGUCCUCUACAACCUCAUGUCCAGGAAGUACCGUGCCGCUGCACACCGCCUCUUCCUGCUCAGACGCAAGCCCCUCCCCAGACACCAUAGUACCGACAAACAUCGACCGACUGGACAGACACCGCAGCUGUCCAUCAGAGAUGACACCACCUGGCUUCAUGAAACUGUAACAGGGGUGUAGUUCAGCAACAAGCUUAACUCACAAGACAUGUUUCAUUUCAAAAAUGUUGUGAUGUCCAUCACAGCAACUCCCACCUGACUCGGGAGAGAAGACGAUUGACACUUGCCCUCCAUUUAAUUAUCACACUGAUCUCUCAACCAGGAAGUCAUCGGUGGUACUUACAUGCCUGGAGGGCAGCAUUUUCUCCAGCUGACAGCCAUGUUAGAGCUUGCAGGUUCCAGAGCCACCAAAAGGGGUCUCUAGAGCGCUGUGAGACAGGAUAAUCAUUUCCUCCAUCAACCCUGGGUGUUUCUGAGACAACUGGUGUUUGUGUGACCCCAUGAUCUGUUGGUAGGAAGCAAACAGGAAGAGAUAGAGCACAUGAAGCAGGAGGAAAAGAGGAUAAUCUUUGUUUGCACUGCCUGAGAGGUGUAGGAGGUUGCCCAGUUGAGACCCUGGGAAGCAAUUAUGGUUAACACCUGUGCUUAGGGGACAGAACAACAGAAUUUCUGUGUCUCUUUGCUGGCUUGGGGAUUUGAUCUAAAAACCUAUUGGUUACCAGUCUGAUUCUCAUACCACUAGGCUACCAGCCACCCCUUCCGAAGGGAAUGCAGGGGAACGAAGCAGGGAGGGGAGAAAUCUGCCAAUCGAGACCUGGAGGAAAGAAGAUUUAUUUUGUUGAGAGAGAAUCUGGGGCUUUUGUCUCCCAUGUGGAGGUGAAGAGUUUUCACCACAGGUGGCUACUGAGAGAAGACAGCUCAUAAUGAUGGCUGUCAAGGCAAACACACACAGAAGCAGCUGCUCUGGAAGCACCUUGAUUAAGAAGGAUGGACUCUGACUGAUGUCUGGAACAAGGGGAUGGGUCAGGUGCCAAGCAUGUGGCAUGUUCGAUUCCGUUCCAGUCACUGUGUUCCAGGCAUUACUGUGAUUUUGUACUCCUUAAUUAAGGUGAUGCCAGUUAAUGUGUUAUUCCAGACAGUUCUUCUAUGUGAAGGACUUAUUUAUUUUUGUUAACAGAGUCAGAGAGGCAGAGAGAGAGAGGUAAUGGUUGGAAAAAAACAUCUUAGGCUAUUGCUCACUGUUUGUCCCUGUACAGUGUGGCCAGACAAUAUUUGUUGUUACUUCGUGACAGUGUAUUCAAAGUAUAUAUAUUUAGCCAAGGAACAUGAGAAGCUUUUCCAUCCACUUAUGCGAGGCCAUGCUUUGUUUAUCUACGGUUAAUUAAAUUCUAAAUGGAUAAAUUAAACACUCAGAAUUUCAAGUCAUGCCUCAGUUCUUGUAUAUGGACAUCCUGUAAAACCACUUCCAGGUAAACGGGUCACUUCAAACCUGUUUCAGUGUCACUCCAUUCGUUCUGGUCUGUUAGUGUUUGAGUGGUUGGUUAUUUGUCAUGUUUUUUUUUGUGUUUUUCCCGUGGAUCACCAGAGUACCUGCUGCUAUCAACAUGUCCUUUCAAGGAUUGUGCAUUGUUUGUUAUCCACGCCAUGUUGAUAUUGAUUAUUGUAUCAAUGGAUUGAGUAUGAAUUAGAGUUAUGAUGCUUCAAUGAAGAAAUCUGAGGCAGUGGGUCGGCUGUGCAGUUUACAGGGAAUUUAACUUACCUCGUCUUUGUCUGUACUUGAUCCCCAAAACAUAUUUUGUUUCAUUACAUUACUAUUAAUUAUGUACCUGUAAAGGGUUUUAGAAAGUGUCAGGGAUGUGCCAAUGUUUUCAUAGUCUUUUCCAUAAUCGUAUCUGUUUGACACACGUGAUUCUUGUACACGGAUAUCCUCAUGAUCAUAAAAAUCCAGAGGUUUGAUUAAUCUUACCUCAACAUGGUAUUAUUGCAACAUCAAUCAGAGCACUCUGAGCGCGAUGUUCAUUCCCUCAAAUAACCCAGGCAACGCUCAACACUGUGUGAAGUGUGUGUGGAAUUAUCCAAUAAUGGAUAAUAACACUAAAUAAUUGUACCAUAAUCUCCAGCCCAAGAAAUAUCCAUAAUGUUGUUCAUUUUAUUCGAGUACUCUGCACCCAAAGCACUACAAACUCAUGUAAUAUAUUAGAAUUCCUCUAAGUCUCUACACUAAAUAUUAUAUAUAUUUUUUUGUAUGUAACGUUCUUUGAGUCCAUAUUUGUGUUGUUGAAAACAGCAUGGAUUUAGGGCACAGUGGAAAUGUGUGUGAAUAAGAUUAUCACAUUAACUUACAGUCAAUGGCAAGUGACUACAUGGUAACACUUUAUUAAAAACGUCCAUGUGUAAAUGAGUAAAAUUCCCCUUUAAUAAGUGUCAGCAGCAAUCUGAAGCCGUUGUUGUUUCUCUGUAUCAGCAGUGUUGUCAAGGGGUGUUAUGUUGUCCUCGUCAAUGAUAUAAUAAAGGAACUAAUGCAUCAUA